GAACCAGUUUCACUUCAUUUUCAGGUAAAAUGGUUUCAUUGAGAGAGCUUACAGAGCAACGAGGUAACCAGGGCAGAGAGGGAGAAGAGGAAGGGGUUUUGUCAGUGGAGCCUAUCACGAUGAUAGUGCCACCGGAGUUGCAGGAUGUGCCGGAAACAAUGGCGUCUAAGAGCAGCGCCAGUUCCAGCGCCAGCGACAACGGUGGCGACCACCCUAGUGCACCGUCAAGCAGCUCGUCUGCUGAAGAGACACCCAGCCGUGAGGAAGGGAUGGGGGAUGUGGUGAGCAAUGUCUCAGGUCGGCCGGUGAUUGGAGAAUGGGAAGGAGCGACGAUCCUGGGCAGGUUGAGCAACCUGCGAAAAGCAUCGAAGGACCUGCCCGCUGGAUUCAGGUUCAAGGCUGCACUUCACCACGAAGUAGCAGAUUGUGCGCCCUCCAUAAGUGGGUAUAAACGACUGGAGGAGAUGGUGAGGGCGUACCACAUCCCCAAGAACAUAUUGCUGCGGACAGGCGGGCAGAACGAAAGGGCGUGCACAGUGUCGCAAACGGGUUGGAUACCGGUGUACGUGGAUCACUUUGAUGCCGGCCUGCGGUUUCCCUUGCUCGGCCUGAUAUUUGAUCUGCUCGUGGAUUACGAGCUGGCGCUGACACAAUUAACGCCCAAUAGCAUAAGGGAUAAGAGCCAGCUCUUCAAAAAUGUGAGGAAUAAGGUGGCGAGGUGGAAGAGACAGUUUAUUUUUGUUCGCGACACACGAGCAGAAAGGAUAAGCAACGACCUCGUUGCCCGGCUGUCUGAGUGGUGCACCCCCAACGCUCAUAUUAACUAUCCUCAGCUACUGCCCCAGGAUGUCGAUCUGAAGAACCAGCUGCUUGAGUAUGCGCAGAGGGAGGGUCUAAUAGAUCUAGAAGCCCUGGUUACCUCGGAGGCUCUCGUCGUGCUAGGGUUUGUCGAUGUGACAAACCUGUUCAGCGAAGGCUCACGAGGUCGCGCGUCGGGCAGCGCGCAACCCCAUCAGACAAGGUUCGACGAGCGGCCGCCCCCGGCGCCUCAAUCACGUGGCUCGUCACACCGGGGAUCCAGCUCGUCGUCAAGGCCACGAGCGGAUCACAGAGCUGAGGCUGCGGCUCCUGGCGCACGCAGACGUGCACGUGAGGAGACAGAGAGCGAGGAGGAUGAGGACCCCCUUGAUAGGCGUAUAAGAAGCGGGGGGACUCAGCCCGCACAGGCGGUCUGUCUUGCAAUCGUGCGUUCACCGAACGCACCGUCAGUGACUAUGCGGGCAGCAAUGGAGCCCACCUCUACAUCGGCCUCGAUGUCCGGCCCCAGGAUCGCUUAUCCUGAGGGCUUUAGCUAUGUGCGGGCAGAGUGUCAGCCCGCCAUGGUGCAAGCCAUGCACAGCUUUGUGCCCCCUAUGGAUAACAAGCGGGCCAAAGCUUUUGUGCAGCAGCAUGGCGACCAGGUCGCCAUGAUAAAACUUAUGGAUGCAUUCAGCUAUGCUGUGGCUCUGUACGAGAGUGAGCAGGCGGCUCGUACACAGAACAACGAGCUCGGUUCCAAGUGCAAACAACUGGCUGCUGAGAAGGCCAGCCUUGUGGACGAUGUGAAUCGUAUGCAAGGCUCUGAAAUGGCGAACCGAGCUGCGGCUGGAGAGAGCAGGGCGGAUGAGCUCGCCAACAAGAACAACGAGCUCAAGGAGGAGUUGGAGCGAGCUCGAGUUGAAAGAGAGAGCGGAAUACAGGCGGCAAAGGAUGAGGCCGCCAGGGUUGAGGAGAGGGCGAAGAAGGUUGAGGCCGACAGGGAUUGUGCUCAGCACGAGCUGAGCUCCCUUAGGCACCAGGUCGCCGAGGCGGACCGAAGCCUUGCUGCUGCCGGGGAAGCGCUGAACGAGCUGAGGGCUUCCCAUGCACGCUCUGUCGUCAUCGCCCUGGCUCAAGGGGCAGAAUGGUUCGCCGGUUCGGCUGCGUUUCAGGAUGCCGUGGCGGUGGCGUCGGCAAAUGUAACCACGGAGAUCUACAACGAGAUCCGUGGAAAAGUACUGCAACACCGCCCGGAUUUUCCAAUCCGCGAGCUGGUCUUCUUUGACGAGGAGGAGCUCGACGAGCAGGGUAAGAGCCUUGCUCCCCUCGCUGAUACAACUGUGAGGCUGAGAUGGGAUUUGAACGAGGAGGGCGUGCCCGUCUGGCCACCGUCCGUUCUGGAGGACGGGGAGGACCCAGCAGGACUGCCCUCAUUUGAUACAUGGGUAGAGGGUGCUCCUGUAGCUGGGCAGGAGCCUUCAAGCACCCCACCCAACUCUCAGCCCGCUGCUGUGCCAUCGAGCUCACCCGUCAACGCGCCAGCCUCUGAGCCCGUUGCCCGUUCUCCUCCAGCUCGCUCUUCUACGACUGUUGCUGACGCAUCCAUGCCCGUCGAUCUGACGGAUGACUAGGCUUAGGACUUUUUGUUUCAUUCUUUUGUAUUUUUGUUUUGGCAUUUUUGUAUUUGAUCAAUAGAUUCAGAGCGUAUGU